UCCCUGGCCGGCGGGAAGAUGGCGCUCUCUGAGGCGGCUGGUUGCGGGAGCCUCGUGCUCUGGCCUCGCGUGUUGCUUUUCGGAGACUCCAUCACGCAGUUUUCUUUUCAGCAGGGUGGAUGGGGAGCAUCACUGGCUGACAGGCUGGUCAGAAAAUGUGAUGUUCUGAAUCGUGGAUUUUCAGGUUACAAUACCAGAUGGGCCAAAAUUAUCCUCCCAAGAUUAAUCAGGAAAGGGAACAGUUUGGACAACCCAGUGGCAGUUACAAUUUUCUUUGGUGCCAAUGACAGCGCUCUAAAAGACGAGAAUCCCAAGCAGCACGUACCCCUGCAUGAGUAUGUUGCAAAUUUAAAGAGCAUGGUGCGGUACCUAACGUCUGUGGACGUCCCUGAAAGUCGCGUCAUUCUCAUCACGCCGCCCCCUCUCUGUGAAGCCGACUGGGAAAACGAGUGCAUCAUGCAGGGUUGCAAGUUAAAUCGCCUGAAUUCGGUUGUUGGUGAAUAUGCCAGUGCAUGUUUUCAAGUGGCCCAAGACUGCAGGACUGAUGUGCUUGACCUGUGGACCCUGAUGCAGAAGGACAGCCAGGACUUUUCAUCCUAUUUAUCAGAUGGAUUACAUUUAUCACCACAAGGAAAUGAAUUUUUGUUCUCACAUCUCUGGCCUUUGAUUGAGAAGAAGGUCUCCUCUCUGCCUUUGCUCCUUCCUUACUGGCGGGAUGUAGCGGAAGCAAAACCUGAGCUCAGUCUGCUGGGAGAUGGAGACCAUUAGUCAAUCUCAGGCAACCCAAGUCUGCCUCUGGCUGUUAAUUUACAGAAUUCGAAGUCACCAGUGCACAAAGAUUCCAAGGACAUUAAUCGUAGAAUUUUUUUUUUUUCCUUAAAAAAGAUUAAACUUUUGCCCAUGACCCUGGAUCAAAAAACACUAAACAUUUGCCACCAAUAUUAAUAAAAAUAUUAGGAUUUUUCAGGGAAGUUUUGUAAUUAUGUACAUUGUGUUUUAAAUAUUUAUUGAUUGAUGCAUGUAUCAUCAGUGCCACAGCUACAAAAUAUACCCUGAGCAGCUUAAUUGUAAAAAUGGCAAAAAAUGUAAUGACAAGCUUGUUUUUUUUAAAAAGUCACAAUUUUAUAAAAAAUG